AUGAAGGCUUACGGUGCCUGCAUCUACAUCCGCACGGUUGAAGCAGACGGAAGCGUUCAAGUACACCUGCUGACCUCCAAAUCUCGUGUAGCUCCGCUCGAGAAUUUGAAGAAAAAUAAGAAGUCUCUAUCCAUUCCUCGACUAGAGCUGUCAUCAGCACUGCUUCUCACACACCUGUACGAGAAAGUCGUCAAAAAUAUUCACGUAGACUCCAAGUGUUAUUUCUGGACCGAUUCCACUAUCGUAGUGUGUUGGCUGUCAUCGUCGCCAUCCAGAUGGAAGCAGUUCGUAGCAAAUCGCGUCUCUGAAAUCCAGCACGUUACGAAAGGGAGUGACUGGAACCACGUUGCUGGAGAAGACAACCCUGCGGACAUCAUUUCCCGUGGCAUGUCGCCGACACAACUGCACUAUGAAUCGCGCUGGUUCCAUGGACCGAAUUGGCUGAUACUGGAUCGGCAAUACUGGCCUGAUUCCAAGCGGAUCGACGAAAGCAGCAUCGACAAGAUGGAUUUGGAAGAGAAGGUUGUUGUUGCUGUCCUUCCAACCAUUUCACCAAGCGAGAUAUUCGGCCUUCGUUCGUCGCUAGCAGAUCUAAUACGGUUGACAGUUCAUAUCCGUCGAUUUAAAUGGAAUGCAUCGCCUGCAAAUCGGUUCAACAGAAAGGUCGGCUACAUCACUUCCCAAGAGUAUGACGAUGCUCUCAAUGGGCUGGUGAAACAAUCGCAGAGAGAAAGUUUCUCACAGGAGUUAGCAGAUAUCGCCAGAUACGGCCAGGUGCAAGACUGUUCCAGAAUCUCUGGAUUGAAUCCUCAACUUGCCGACGGUAUAUUGUGCGUUGGCGGCCGGUUGAGUAAUGCAGCCGUACCAGAUAGUCGGAAGCAUCCGUACAUCCUCGAUCACCGUCAUCCCUCACAAAACUCAUCGUAG